GCAAAUCACUGCCAGAUCCCCCUGCCCCUGUGUCCUUCCUGCUAGACCCGAGCACAGGGCGGACCCCCGGAGCUGUGCAUCUCAGCCCCCCGCCCUCUUUGCUAGCCCCUCUCCUGGCUGCCCCGGGGCUCUGCUUUCAGUCUGUCUCCUUACACAAAUCCUACAAUAGCACCAGCCAGCUGCUACCAUUUCAGGUUUUGUUUCAAAAACACCCCCAUAUGAGGUUAUGAAUGCUGCUUUAGUCAUUUAUCAGUGGAUUAACUUCUUUCUGAGUGCAUUUUUUUUUUUUUUUUUUUAAACCUUCCUGUUUUCAGUGGCUUUGGCCACUGCCCCACUUCUCAUGUUAUCGUCUAAGUGUAGCCGAUUGCUUCCCAUCGUUAUGUGCCAAGCUCAGCCUGGCAGCCAGGACAGCCAUGGGUGGUUAGAGAGAAAGGAGGAUGGAGGGGCAGUGCCGCGUGAAGCACUGGGUGGAAAACAAGGUCUGAGGAAUAGAUUCUGCCUCCAGAGCAAAACCCAGCAAAUCUUGUGCCAAGUCCCCGGGAAAGACCGAGGCAUCCUUGCAAAGCCUGCACUGCAUCACGCGACGGCUCGGAGAUGGGACUACAACAUGUUAUUCUAUAUGGCUUUUCCCUCUCGGGCUCCUUAAUCCCUUCGGGAUACAAUUAAGGCACAAGUCUGAGGCCAAGGUAACUAUGGCAUCCAAACAUCAGCUGUCACCAGCACCGGGUACCAAUAAAAGGCAGGCCAGCCAAGAACCAGGGAGACUUUUUCAUGAGCAUCCUAAUCCGUUUGCCAUUUCUGCAGCACCGGUGACUCCAGGCAGAGGACAUUGCAAGUGAGCAGAGCAAGAGGUAGGGACACAGGCUUGCUCUCGCGCUCUUUCUCUCGCUCGCUCUCUCAGCUUAUCUCAAUACCGAACCGUUAAACAGAGCGAAAUCUUGGAGGGGGGAGGGAGCGGAGGGGGGGAAGACGGUCUCAUUAUCUGCUCUGUGCUGUGCCUGUGGCAGCUGGCCGGCCCGUACAUUAAUAGAUUACAUUGAGGAUUUGCGAUUGUUAACAGCGAAGGGGGCUUGAGCUGCCUACAUUCGGGGGAAAAGGCCGCCGCGGCUCGCUGCUCCAGCGGAGGACGCGUCUUUGGAAGGGAACUGCACUUUUUUCUCCCCCCCAUCCCCUCCUGCUAGCACAUUUUCUGGCCAGCCCAGGUUGCUGCCGCGUUAGCCAGCGCACGCCCCAGGCCCUGCCGGCAUGGAUGAAUGGGACGUCCCGCAGUGGAAGAAGGAAGUCGACAGCCUGAAAUACCAACUGGCUUACAAGAGGGAGAUGGCAUCGAAGACAAUACCCGAGCUGCUCAAGUGGAUAGAAGACGGCAUCCCUAACGACCCGUUUCUGAACCCAGAGCUGAUGAAAAACAACCCGUGGGUGGAAAAGGGCAAAUGCACCAUCCUCUGAUGCAUCUCCAUCCAGGUCACCACCAACCUGCAACCACUGACAAAUGGCUUCCUACUGAGAUAUUCAAUCUUGCAUUAACACUGAAUGUACAUUUUUUUUUUAUUAGCUUCCUAAUAUGACUAACUGAACCGACCCUAUCCUCACCUUGUCUUGUUAUCUUUAUUAGUAGAAGGGGCUCUUUUAUACCAGGGAACUGAGAAAGCACAAGCCGCCGAGGCACCUUGGUAGGAGACACGCUGUUAGAGAGACGUGCGGAUUGGCAGGAUCAAAAACAGGAGGCUCGAUAGUAAUAGCAAGCAAACAAAGCACCUCUCUUGACCCAUUAAACUUCCAUU